AUAACUGUAACUGUUUAAAACGACCAUCGUUAUAUUUUCGCAAUUCAAGAAAAUGGCAACGUCUUUAGAAGCACUUAAAGAAAUAACACAAGUUAUAGCGGACACCGCUGAUUUUGUUGCCAUCAAACCCUACAGUGUUCAGGAAGCUACCACCAAUCCAAUUAUCAUUUUGCAGUCCGCUAGCUUACCUCAGUAUAAAAAUAUCCUACACAAAGCGGUUCAAUAUGGUCAAAAUACUGGAAGAAAUAACAAAGAAGUAAUUGAAAACACCAUGGACAUGAUCAAUGUUCUAUUUGGAGAAGAAAUUUUGAAGGUAGUUAAGUAUAGAGUUCACAUUCAACUGGAUCCGCGAUUGGCAUUCAAUAUUUCUCUCAGCGUCGAGAGAGCCCUAAAGAUCGUAAAAAUGUUCUCUGAAAGAGGUAUCGACAAAAAUCAUGUGGUCAUCAAAUUGCCUUCUACAUGGGAAGGUAUCCAAGCAGCGAAUAUUUUAGAAAAAAACCAUCAUGUUAAUUGCAAUAUGACAACGAUGUUUUCGUUAACUCAAACUGCAGCAUGCGCGGAGGCCGGAGUAAGUUACCUAGCGCCUUUUGUGGGCAGGAUAAGUCUAUGGUACAAAGAAAAAUCUAGAGAAACCGGACGACACGAAGGCGUAGAAAUACUGAAAACCAUCCAAACGUACUUGAGAAAAUUUGAUUACAGAACAAAAGUGAUGGGAGCUUACUUUAUAAACGCUGAAGAGGUAGGAGCCGUAGCAGGUUGUGAUUUAGCGACCCUUCCUGUAGCAUUACUCGAAGAUUUUGCUAAAAAUAAUCAUCCCGUGACUGAUGAAAUGGCGAAGGACCCCAAGUCAUCAAAUUUGGAAAAAUUGGUUUUAGAUGAGGCAAGAUUUAGAUGGUUAAUGAAUGAGGAUGAAAUGGCGACAGAGCUUCUAGCAGAAAUUCUUGGAGUGUUUUCGUCACAUUAUAUUGAAUUAGAAAAUAUUGUAAAAGAGAUGGUGAAAUUGAGCAAAUAGAUUUAUUUUGUAAUUUAUGAUUGCUGGUUAAGUAUUAAAUCCAUGAUAAGUAA